AAUUUAAAAAUUUGUCUUGAUUAUAAAAUGUUAAUUUAAUUUAAUUACGAGUGGUUUUGACGCACCAGUUUUAAAAGCUUCGCGGUUCACGUGAUGCGUGAUGCUUUUAUUUACCUCUCAAGUACUUUGCGUAAAAAAAACUAAAACUGCCGUUGUUGCUUGUAUUACCACUUGUAUUGCAUUUUAAAUGCAAUAUAUUCCAUGCUGGACAGAAGUAUUGGCACAGGCCACAUUUUAGCAUGGAAUUGCUUACAAAUUUGGAAAAAAAUAUCUUAUUUCAUUUAACCUUUAUACUCAUUAAAAAUAAUUGAAAUACUAACAUAUAAUUACGUUUCCAGUUAAGAACAGAAAAUGAAGAUACUUUUGAAACAAAACCAAAACCACGUUCUAAGAAAGGACAUCCAGGUAGAAGAUAUUUUAUGGUUGUGGCUUUGUUGGGAAUUCUCUUCCUGGGAUACAUUGCGAUAGCAUAUGACUUGAAGCCAGUACGUCUUGGUAGCAAAGCAAUUGAUACAUUGGCAUUCUCUUUCAAUUUGCAAAAACCAUUUUAUGUAGUGGUAAUUGAUGCAGGCUCCACUGGUAGUCGAGCCUUGGCCUUUAGUUUUCAUGAAUCAAUUUUGGGUGGUAAUUUAAUUUUAGACAGUGAAUUGUACACAGAAACAAAGCCUGGAGUCAGUGCUUAUGCAGACAAGCCUAAAGAUGCUGCUAAAUCACUUAUUGUAUUGCUUGAUAAGGUCAGAGAAGUUAUCCCUCAACCUGAAUGGCAGCAUACACCUCUCACAAUGAGAGCUACUGCUGGUUUGAGACUUCUUCCAGGACAUAAAGCUCAAGAGAUACUUCAAGAAUGUAGGAAACUAUUUGAAGACAGUGGUUUUCAGGUUUCCAAAAAUUCAAUUUCUAUAAUGGAAGGAACAGACGAGGGUAUCUUCUCAUGGUUCACUGUCAAUUUCCUAUUAGAAAGAUUUAAUACGCACAGUCCUGGCAGCACGGUUGCUGCAUUGGAUCUUGGUGGAGGUUCAACACAAGUGACUUUUUCACCUGAUGCCAAACAGGAAAAGAAACUGGACGGACAUGUAUACUCUGUUAAUAUCUUCAAUCAUAACAUGAGUGUUUAUACGCACAGUUAUUUGGGUAUGGGUCUUAUGGCUGCCAGAAAAGAGAUACUAACUCAUGGAAUGAAUUUGGAGAAUGCAAAUCCAAAAACUGUGAUAGAAGUACGGUCAGAAUGCAUAAAUCCCAUAGUGUCCACUAAAUGGAACUAUGGAGGACUUAAUUAUCUUAUUAAAGGGCCUGUUAAUGGUACUCAUAAAUUAGUUAAAACACAAAAUUUUGCGGGAGGGGAAGAGGACAGGCCAAUCGUUAAUUUUUCUGAAUGUUUAAAAAACAUUGAAAAAUAUGUUGGUAGGAUUAAAAAUAAACCUAUAGGUUUAAAAGAUCAUGAAAUUUACGCUUUCUCCUAUUAUUUUGACCGUGCCACGGAGGUUGCUCUAGUUGAUCCCUUUGCUGGAGGAAUUAUUCCAGUGAGUGCGUUUUUGAAGCAAGCAAGGGAAGCCUGUGAUUAUCCAAAUACCGAUCAACCUUUUAUUUGCCUUGAUUUAACAUUUAUUUAUAUUCUCCUGCGUGAUGGAUUUGGAUUGGAACCUACUACAAAACUUUAUCUUUACAAGAAAAUCAACGGACAUGAGUUAAGCUGGGCUCUUGGUGCUGCCUUUAAUAUAAUUCAAAAUGGUCUUUAACGCACCUGAAACCUAGAUAAAGGAAUUACAAAUAUUUUUGCACAAAAUUAAAAAAUUAGGACGUAUUAAUUGUUAUACAAUUAUUUAAUUGAUCAUGUGAUUUAGGUAGAAACUCGUUUACUGAUUUCAUUUCACAUUCAAUUGCUUAUUGUAUAUCUAAUAAGGUAAUAGUAUUCUAUAGAACAAAUUUUAUGAUUACUUUAGGCAUCGUGUUCUAACCAAUUGAAAUAUUAAUGAAAACGAGUGUGUUAAAUUUUAAUAUCAGACGUGUACAUACAAGACAUGUACAUAAUUUCUAGGGACAUACUUGUUAACUUAUUUGUUUUAGUAUUUUUGAAUACAAUUAAUCUUGUACAAUGCAAAGUACUUUCCUGUAUUAAGAAUAUGU